AUGGUCAUUGAAGCCCCAUCUUCAUCUAGCCAUGUUAGUGGAGACACCGUUGGAACUAAAAUCCCAAUACUUCCGGAAGGUGAUGGUUUUUUCAGGCUUGAUCAUCAUAAAUUGGUAGUUGCAGAAAUUUCCCACAUCAUACGCACUCAUUUGAGUGAGGGAAAACCAUCAUGGAAGAAAUUAUCAUCUAAUCAAAGAGAUUCUUUCUUUGACUUAUUUCAGAAAAAGUUUUCAUGGCCACCGGAACACAAGGUUACGGUGCGACGUAACUUUGAAAGAAGAGGUGCAGCAAAGAUGUCUCAGCUACUACAAGAUGUUCGCAAAGACUUGGAGUAUAGACCGGGCUGGAUGGGAGCUGAUGUGUGGCAGCAAUUAUUGGAACAUUGGAAUUCGUUAAAGUUUAAAAAAGCAUCUGAGACGAAUAAAAGAAACCGGUCUUCUAUGGAUGGCGCAUCUCUUCACACUGGAGGGUCUAUUCCUCAUCGUUUGCAUUGGAAAAGAAUGAGAAAGGAAAAGGGUGCAGAUCCAUCAUUGACCGAGUUCUAUUUUCGCACACAUCGGAAAAAGGAUCAAAGUUGGGUUGGAGUUCAUGCUGAAUCUGCAUAUGAUAAAUUUGAACAGAAAAAGUUGGAGAUUUCUUCUCAGAAUCCAACUAUUCCAGGAGAGGACGAAGCUGAUAGUCAACCAACUAAUGAAAUGCCACCUGAUUUGGAUAUAUGGGUAGAGUCGGUUGGAAAGAAGAAAGGGAAUAGGGUAUUUGGUCUUGGAACCGCAUCUAAGACUUUGGUUUCUGUAUCAAAGAAACCCUCAAGUCUUUCAAGUGACUCUCAAGAGGUUGAUGUUUUGAGAAGUCAAGUCCAUGCCUUAAAUGCAUCGUUGCAAAGACAAGAACAAGAGAAGAUGGUGAUGAGGCAACAAUUGCAUCGACAAGAAGAAAAGAUGGCCGAAGCAAAUAAUAAAAUUUCAUUUUUAAUGAAUCAUUUAGGAUUUGUUGGGUCUUCUUCUCAUCCACCACAACCCACUAAUGAAAGUGAUCACGCAAAUGAAGAUGUCGUCGAUGAAACAGAUGAAGAAGACCUUAGUAAUGAAUUUUGAUUUGUACUUUUUUUUCAUUUUGACUUAGUUUUUGGAUUGUAUUAUCUUUUU